CAUGGCCCAACCUUCUUGCAUGUUCAGUCCUGCCCUACUCUAUUCCCACACCACAUUCACUCGCAUGUUGCUGUGGUGCUGAUCGACAGAGCCCACGUCCUCUCCUCCUCCGGCCGUGGGAUCGCCUCUGCUGCUACAAAGUUUCACUGGAUAUUUUCACUCUUUUACAGACUGUGUGCCUCCUAGUGCGCAGCCCAGGCAUUGAAAAAUUUGAUUUCUUUAGAGGCGGAAAAAUUCUCAAACCACAGGAAAUCCUAUUUGAUAGCUUCAAAAGGAACACUUUUUCCCCUGUGCGCAACAGCUGUCUGCAUCUGUCUUCAGGAAGAAGAAAGAAUGCACAGCCAGAGGACUAUCUGACAACUUCUCUGUGGAUCUCAAAAACACAGCAGAGAAGAAAAGAAAAAAGCACCUACUAGUGGGACACAACGAGAAUGGCCACUGAGUCUUUCCAUGCUGCCUACGCUGCUGUAGCCCCAUCUGCGAUCCCCUCAUCCCCCUCUACAGGAAACCUCCUGAGGAUGUUUCAUGAGUACCAGAGCAAUGCUGUCAUCAUCGAGCACUACAACUACACAGGCAAGCUGAAGGAGAACAAGUACAAAGAAGGACUCAAACCAGAGGCCAUAGCGUUUCUGCUGGUCUGCCUGCUGAUAGUUGUGGAAAAUGCUGUGGUGCUGCUGGCCAUCUGGAAGAACAAGAAAUUCCAUGUGCCCAUGUACUAUUUACUGGGUAACUUGACUCUCUCUGAUCUGCUCGCAGGUUUCACCUACAUGGUAAACCUCAUAACAUCAGGUGCCAACACAUUAAACAUGACCCCUGUGCUGUGGUUCCUGAGGGAAGGGGGCGUGUUCAUCAUGCUGGCUGCCUCAGUCAUCAGUCUGCUGGCCAUCGCCAUAGAGCGCCAUGUCACCAUGGUGAGGAUGAAGCCAUACCAGGGGGACAAACAGGGGCGGAUGUUUGCUCUGAUCGGAGCGAGCUGGGUGCUGUCUGUGUUCCUGGGGGUCUUGCCUGUCCUGGGCUGGAACUGUAUGGGACAGCUGGACCAGUGCUCCACAGUCCUGCCGCUCUACGCCAAGAGCUACAUCCUCUUCUGCAUCACCAUCUUCAGUGCCAUCCUCAUGUCCAUUGUGGUGCUGUAUGUGCGCAUCUUCCGAAUUGUCAAGUCCAACACCCAGAGACUCGCUUCAGUUCCACAGCGUAAAGGCCUUUACCGCAAGUCCCAGAAGUACAUGGCCCUGCUGAAGACGGUCACCAUAGUCCUGGGAGUCUUCAUUGCAUGUUGGCUGCCCCUCUUCGUUUUCCUGCUGCUGGAUUUCUGCUGUCCAGCCAAAAGCUGUGAGGUGCUCUUUAAGGCAGACUAUUUCCUGGGCAUCGCCAUGUUCAACUCCCUCCUCAACCCCAUCAUCUACACCCUGACCAGCAAGGACAUGAGGAAGGCCAUCAUCAGGCUGCUCUGCCGACCCUGCCUCUUAACAAAAGACGGACAGGUGAAGAAGAUCGGGAUACCCUUCCUGGAGUGCAGCACCAGCAAGACCGACGCAGCCUCUCACAGACUGGAGGGACUGGAGACAACAGUGUCUUCCGGUAACUUUACACCCUCUACUAUCAAAGCCAUUUACCCCAGGAUGUAUAAGACAUGACAGAGUGGCUCAUAUUGACUUUGCCCUGAGAGCAAGAAUUCAGACUGAGAACUGGACCACUAAUACAACCAGGCCACUUCACUCUAAACUGGGUUUCAUGCUGUAUGUGCUCUAGUCAAGCAGACGUGAGAGGAGUUUUAUGUUGCACUCUACCACAGUUUCGGUAUUAUUAAUUUUAACGAGCAGUACAAGCUCAUAUUUAACACAAGUUUAUGUGUUAAAUAUCCAAAAUUGGGAGAAAGACAUGAACUUUUUAAACAUUCUGUGCAAAUUUUUAUUAUAGUGUGAUUGUGAUUAACAUUAAUGUCCAUGCCUUAACAGUAGCUACAGGUUUCUUGUGAAAAACUAGCAUUACAUUUGUCUGUUAGACAAAACAGGGCCAGUAUUUGUCAGAGGAUAUUCCCUCUGAUAAAGUGUUAUUUCAUUCUAUGAAAUCAAAGACUGUGUGGGGACGUGUGACAUAAAUACAGCCAGUUAUGCCAUACACCAGAUAGACCAGGGCUAAAGCCCAAACAUGAGAUUUAUCCUUAUCUCCCCUGCCUGUGCAGCGUAUAAUGAUAUGUUGUUACAAACACAGAGCAUCCACACCCAAACUCUGCUGCCAAAACCAUGUAAUUUCUGCCAUGUGAGUUUUGGUCAGCAGCAAUGCUGGGUAGAGGUCCUCCUCGACCAACAUCAGAGGCUCAGUGGCCGUGAGACGCACUGAAGACGUCAUAUGGAGAGCUGUGCUGGGUGGUUUGCAGCUUUGGAGGUCCCUUCGACAUAUGUAGCAACACAUGAUGAAUGACUAAAAGCAAUAAAAGCUGACAGUGGAGGUUUGUUGACGCCUUCUUGGUUUAACGGACUAGAAUAUUGCAGUUAUUUGCUCAAGCCUGCGGACAAAAAAGAGAAUCUUCAGAGCUUUCUUGUUGGGAUAAACGUCAUCUUACCAUGGGAGACUGUUAAUGUACUUCCUUACAGAAUUACAGAUGUAAUCUUAUCCCACGAGAAAGAAAUCAAUUAAAACCCAGAUAACAGUGUGUGGGCUUCAAAGUACUGGGGAAUUUCCUUUUUGUAACAGUGACAUAAAUGUGGACAUUUUUCUAACUGUAAUAUUGUACAUUAAUGUAAAGAGAAAAAAUAUAUUUACUGUUUUUAUAUACUUUGUAAAUAUCUAUAGCCUUUUUCUGAGCUGCAUUUUUGUAUUGUAAAAACCUCAUUUAAAUUAUGCCAGUUUUAUAUGUGCACUGAAUAAACAUGUGAAUGAUGUUUACAGA